GCAAAAAAAGCUGUACCCAAAUUUUUAUCACAAAGCGAAUCUGAAAACGCAAAGCGAAUCGCGAUUUUCGAGAGCUCUAUGGUGUCUGUAAACCCUCGACCUAAGGGUUUUCCAUUUGUUGAUCCCGUCGAUAUGAGUUUACCGGCUUCCUCCGAAGGAUUUGGUUCGGCUCCGGUCACUGGACGGACGGUGUCGUUUUCCGAAGACCCGGCGACGAAGAUUCGAAAGCCGUACACAAUCAAGAAGUCGAGAGAGAAUUGGACAGAGCAAGAACACGAUAAAUUCCUUGAAGCUCUUCAUUUAUUCGAUCGAGAUUGGAAGAAAAUAGAAGCAUUUGUUGGAUCAAAAACUGUGGUACAGAUACGAAGUCAUGCUCAGAAAUAUUUUCUCAAAGUACAGAAGAGUGGUGCUAAUGAACACCUUCCACCUCCUCGACCAAAGAGGAAAGCUAUUCAUCCUUAUCCUCAAAAGGCUCCUAAAAAUGUUGCUUUUACGUCUCAUGUCAUUGGAUCCCUCCCGUCUUCUUCGACCACACCGUUGCUUGAACCUGGUUACUUGUACAGCUCUGAUCCACAGUCAUUGCUGGGAAACCAGGCUGUCUGUGCAUCUAGCUCUUCUUCGUGGAAUCAUGAAUCAACCAAUCUAACUAAACCGGUGAUUGAAGUAGAGGAACCAGGAGUCUCGGCCACAGCUCUCCCUAAGAAUAUUUGCAGUAAGGAAGAUACAACAGGGAGGGUACGAGUAUUGACAAACCCUAGUAAAGAAGAAAGUUAUGAAAAGCCACAUCUAGUGAUGCCGAAUUUUGCUGAAGUUUACAGCUUCAUAGGAAGUGUCUUUGAUCCUAACACCUCAGGCCACCUCCAGAGAUUAAAGCAGAUGGAUCCAAUAAAUAUGGAAACGGUUCUUUUACUAAUGAGAAACCUGUCUGUAAAUCUGACAAGUCCCGAGUUUGCAGAGCAAAGGAGGUUGAUAUCAUCAUACAGCGCUAAAGCUUUGAAAUAGAGAUAGGAAUAACAGUAAUGUACCUUAUGUGAAAGCAAGAGACAUUCAUCCAAGGUAUGCAAUCCUUGGAUUCACUACCCGAGCAGAACAAAUAGCAAAGACUCUAAGAUGGCUACUGAGUUGUGGUUUGCAUGUCUCUGGAAGUCGCGGUGGAGGAGCACACUUUUGUCUGUCCUGUCUUGUGUAUGUGUGUAAAGAUAAAUAGAUGGUUUUGCAGAGUUAGCUAAAAGUGAGUUUGGGAUCAAUCUUAAGUCUGAAGAGACUUUGUGUAAUAUUGGUUUGGCAGUCGGCAAUCAGCAAAAGAUGUUUUCUUUAAGUGCAGAUCGACACAGUUAAAGAGAAGCCAAGGUUUAAAUUUUCGUUUUGAACAAAUUGUAUACACAAAAGGGAUGAUUUACAUAAUAUAAAAUAAAACAUGAACGUA